AUGGUACACGCCGACUCAUCGACUUUCAAAGCCGAUAUCAGCAAAGCGGAAGCUUAUGCACAGGUCUUAGACGAGGCGAGGGGAUUAAUUGAUGGACAGAGGAAUUGGGUGUGUAAUUUAUCAAACACGGCGUCAUUAUUAUGGCAUGCAUAUAAAUCACUUCCCUCCCCCUCUUCAGAGGUAAACUGGGCCGGAUUCUACACACUGGACCCCACAUCCACUCCCUCCAAGCCCUCCCUAAUUCUCGGUCCCUUCCAAGGAAAAGUCGCUUGUCAAACCAUCGCCUUUUCCCGUGGUGUAUGUGGUACCGCCGCUUCGACUCAGACGACGCAGCUCGUUCCCGAUGUGGAGAAGUUUCCGGGUCAUAUUGCAUGUGAUGCUGCUAGUCAGAGUGAGAUUGUGGUGCCGAUUGUGGUGGAUGGAGUGGUGAAGGCGAUUAUUGAUGUGGAUUGUGGGGUGAAGGAGGGGUUUGAUGAGGUGGAUCGGAAGUGGUUGGAGGAGUUGGCGGGGGUUUUGGCGGAGGGUUGUGAUUGGUAG